AUGAUUGUGGUUGGCUUGUUUCUUAUUUUCUUGAAGCAGAUGCGAAUAGCACUGAUGUCAAAUUUACUCAUAAAUAUGGGCAUAAAAAUAGUAGGAUCUAGUUCAGUCACAAACUGCAAUUUCCUACCAGUUGCCCCAGUUGCAUAUUUCACCCAACUCCCUCGCAUUUUUCUCAGGCAAAAUUUACCCCAAUGCCUCUCAGCAUAA